AUGGGACUCAGCAACCCACCAAGCAGCAGCACUGCUGCCCUCACCACACGCACUCCCUUUGCCUUCGAGAAUGCUUCAUCAGGAGCUCCCACAGUGACAACUGAAGAACCUUGUGAUGAUCGUAUUAACUACAGUAUAAGUAGUGUAAAAAACAACAGUAACAUGGCUGAAGUUACAUUGAAAAAUCUCAGAAAAAACAGGGAGUAUUUUAUUUUGGAGGCUAACAAGAACAUAACUGCGGAUUCCAGCACCUAUACAAUAACACUUCAGAGAUGCCGUGUAUACAGAGUUACAACCAAAAAUUGCCCAGGCAUUCUUACCAAUCUUACUAUUGGGCCUGAUAUCAGUGAGAAUCUUUUCGAAGACAGUAAAACCGAUACAUCUGAAGAAUUAUGUUGGGAAAACUCAUUUACUUGUGCUAAUGUGACUGUUAGCUGCAAAGAUUUAUCUACAGGUUUAUCUACAGGUUUACAACUCUCUACAAAAUUAAAUCAAACUUGCACAGAGAUGGGCACUUUAUCACGUAACAGGGAGUACAACUGCACUGGUACCAUAAAAGUUUUUGACAAGAUAGUCAAAAAAACCUUCUCCACAACAACAGAUUAUGGUGCUCCAGAAGCACCAGAAAACCUUACAGUACAUUCUUAUGCCACAAAUGUAUCAGUCAGUUGGAAGGAACCUAGUAACCUUUCAAAGGGUCCUAUACAUGGCUAUAUUGUUUCAUGCAAUGACGUAGAACAAAACCCUCAAAACAUGACUAACUUUGUUUGCCGUGAAUUAGAACCUUAUCACAACGGUUUUCUAAGUGUUACUGCAUUUACAAAGAGCAGAUAUAAUGGUUCGUUGCUUAUGGGAAAAACUGAAAGAUGUAACUUUACAACAAAAUCAGCAGAACCAGACCCAGUGAUUGAUGUUAAUGCAACGCUGACAGCCGAUAAUGCUGUCAAAAUUAAGUGCAAAAGUCAACAAGUCCGUGGAGGAAAAACAAUAUUUGAAUUGACUUGGGAAAAUGAUGGAACAACAGACUCCAGAAAAAAUACUUGUGAUUUUACUAAAGAAAAUCUCUCGUACUUGACAAACUAUACGUUUAAGAUCUUAGUCUUUAACGGAGACUAUAGAGGGCAGCCAGUAAGGCAGAGUAUAAGAACCAGAUAUAAUUCUAAAGCUUUGAUUAUAUUCUUGGCGUUCUUGAUCGUUGUGACAUCAAUUGCUUUACUACUGGUUCUGUACAAAAUCUAUGAUCUUCACAAAAAAAAGCUUAGCAAUUCUUCUGAAGGCAUGAACCUUGUUGAAGUUAAAGAUGAUGACAGGCAACUUCUGAACAUAGAGCCAAUACCUUCGGAGCAAUUGCUGGACAUGUACAAGAGGAAGAUAGCUGAUGAAGGAAGACUUUUCUUGGAUGAAUUUCAGAGUAUUCCUAGAGUUUUCACUAAAUUUUCAAUAAAGGAGGCCAAAAAAACCCAUAAUCAGAACAAAAAUCGUUACAUUGAUAUCCUUCCAUAUGACCAUAACCGUGUGGAGCUCUCAGAGAUCACAGGAGACCCAGGAUCAGACUAUAUCAACGCAAGUUAUAUUGAUGGCUUCAAAGAACCAAGAAAAUACAUUGCUGCUCAAGGCCCCAAAGAUGAAACCACGGAUGAUUUCUGGAGAAUGGUCUGGGAGCAGAAAGCAACAAUUAUUGUUAUGGUGACUCGCUGUGAGGAAGGAAAGAGGAACAAAUGUGCCCAGUACUGGCCGUCAAUGGAGAAUGGCUCUGCAACAUAUGGGGACAUCAUUGUGAAAAUCAAUGAAAGUAAAACCUGUCCGGACUAUGUCAUUCAGAAACUACACAUUACAAACGGAAAAGAAAGGACAGCUGGAAGAGAUGUCACUCAUAUUCAGUUCACAAGCUGGCCAGACCAUGGAGUCCCUGAGGAUCCACAUCUCCUUCUCAAACUCCGACGCAGAGUUAAUGCUCUCAGCAACUUUUUUAGUGGCCCAAUAGUGGUUCAUUGCAGUGCCGGUGUUGGGCGCACUGGAACAUACAUAGGAAUUGAUGCCAUGCUGGAGGGGCUGGAUGCAGAAGGCAGAGUGGAUGUUUAUGGCUAUGUUGUGAAGCUGCGUCGGCAGCGGUGCCUCAUGGUUCAAGUAGAGUCACAGUACAUCCUUAUCCAUCAAGCACUAGUGGAAUACAAUCAGUAUGGAGAAACAGAGGUCAGUCUCUCAGAACUGCAUUCCUAUCUUAACAAUCUGAAAAGAAAAGAUCCUCCGAGUGAUCCUUCUCUGCUGGAGGCAGAGUUUCAGAGAUUACCAUCCUAUAAGGGAUGGCGGACACAGAAUACUGGGAAUCGUGAGGAAAAUAAAAGCAAAAAUAGGAAUGGCAACAUAAUUCCAUAUGACUUUAACCGAGUACCGAUCAGACACGAAGAUGAAUGCAGUAAGGAGGGUGAACAUGAUUCUGAUGAUUCCUCAGAUGAGGACAGCGACUGUGAGGAAUCCAGCAAAUACAUCAAUGCUUCCUUCAUAACUGGUUACUGGGGUCCGAAAGCCAUGAUUGCAACACAGGGACCACUGCAGGAAACUAUCCCUGACUUCUGGCAAAUGGUCUUCCAAAGAAAAGUCAAAGUCAUUGUUAUGCUGACAGAGCUGCAAGAAGGAGAUCAGGAACUCUGUGCACAGUACUGGGGAGAAGGAAAACAAACAUACGAUGGUAUCGAAGUCCAAAUGACAGAUGUCAACUGUUGUCCUAGCUAUACCAUACGUGCAUUUGAUGUGACGCAUCUGAAGACUAAAGAAACACAGAAGGUGUAUCAGUAUCAGUAUCACAAGUGGAGUGGCUUGGAUGUUCCGGAAAACCCCAAAGAUUUAGUCAGCAUGAUUCUCAGCCUUAAACAAAAAGUCCCAGCCAGACCAGUCACCGAGGACAAGCGGAGUACCCGCAGUGUCCCACUCAUCAUCCACUGCAGUGAUGGAUCACAGCAGACUGGUGUAUUCUGUGCUUUAAUGACACUCUUGGAAAGCGCAGAAAUAGAAGAAGUAGUAGAUGUUUUCCAAGUAGUAAAAGCUCUUCGUCGCACCAGGCUGGGAGUGGUCUCCACCUUUGAACAUUACCAAUUUCUGUAUGACACCAUUGCCAGUAUGUACCCUGCACAGAAUGGACAAAUAAAGACCAUCCAGCAGGAAGAAAAAGUUGAAUUUUGUAAUGAAGUACCACCAACAGAUCAGGAAACUGAUUUGAUCACGAUUGAUCUUAACCCAUCAAAGCCAGAGGAAAAUGAGCUUUCUGAAGUGUGUGAUGAUUCUAAGGCUGCAGAUGGCACGAAGGGGACAGAAAGCUCUACAAAUGGCCCCACGACUCCAGUUCUGACUUAG